CUCCCAGCACCAGUUGCUGGCCAGCCUGCCCCUGGCCGCCUCGCCUGUCCUGGCUGCCUUGCAGGCCCGGGUCCUCAAGCUCCUUGUGUGUCUGACCAAACAGGGACCAUGUCUACCUUCGGCUACAGGAGAGGACUUAGCAAAUAUGAAUCCAUCGACGAGGACGAGCUCCUGGCUUCCCUGACGGCCGAGGAGCUGAAGGAGCUGGAGAGGGAGUUGGAGGACAUUGAACCUGAUCGCAACCUGCCGGUGGGGCUCCGACAGAAGAGUCUGACGGAGAAGACCCCCACCGGGAAUUUCAGCAGGGAGGCGCUCAUGGCCUAUUGGGAAAAGGAGUCCCAGAAGCUGCUGGAGAAGGAGCGGCUGGGGGAGUGUGGGAAGGUUGCCGAAGAAGACAAAGAGGAGAGCGAGGAAGAGCUGAUUUUUACUGAAAGUAACAGCGAGGUGUCCGAGGAGGUGUACACCGAAGAGGAGGAGGCGGAGGAGGAGGAGGAGGGAGAGGAGGAGGAAGAAGAGGAGGAAGAGGAGGACGACAGCCACGAAGAGGAGAGCGCCGUUGAAGACGAGGAAGCCAUCAACGGCACGGCCCGCCCCGAGCGCGCCAGUCCCGACAGCGCCCGGCCGAAGACAUUUAAGAGUCACGAGUCCAACUUCGUCACGGGCAAGGGCGUGCUGGCGCUCAUGCGGGCGCUGCAGCACAACCCGGUGCUCACCGAGCUGCGCUUCCACAACCAGCGGCACAUCAUGGGCAGCCAGGUGGAGAUGGAGAUCGUGAAGCUGCUCCGCGACAACACCACGCUGCUGCGCCUCGGCUACCACUUCGAGCUGCCGGGGCCGCGCAUGAGCAUGACCAGCCUCCUGACGCGCAACAUGGACCUGCAGCGGCAGAGGCUGCCACCCCCGCCGCCGCCGCCGCCGCCGCCUCUCCCAGAGAAAAAGCUCAUCACCCGCAACAUCGCCGAGGUCAUCAAGCAACAGGAGAGCGCCCAGCGGGCUUUACAGAACGGACAGAAAAAGAAAAAGGGGAAAAAGGGGAAGAAACAGCCGAAAAACGUCCUAAAGGAAAUAAAAAAUUCCUUGAGGCCAGUGCAGGAGAAGAAAGCCGAAGACAGUUACCGACCUUCUACCCCACAGAGAUCUGCCCAUGACAACCUCAUGGAGGCGAUCCGGGGGAGCAGCCUGAGACAGCUAAGGCGGGUGGAAGUUCCAGAUGCUCUGCGAUAAACACAAUCUUGAGAAGAGGAUGCAGACUUAUUCCUUGGCGUUAAAUGAAACGCAUCGGGAGAUGCUUCUAAAGUACCUUCUUCAACUGGAAACGUCCUCUGACAUUAAAAAUAGCCUCAGCCUCAAAGUCCAAAGAGAAUCUUAAGAAUCUUCUGUAAAUAUGAAAAUAAACCUCUUUUUUAAUGUCAUGAGAUUUGGAUUGGCAGGAAGCAGUUUGUUUAAAGAUGCUUCAUAGCUCUGAGCUGCUGAGUUAAUGAAAUACGCUGUUAUUUUUGUAAUCCCAAUAAAUUUGGAUUGAAGUUUUUUUU